UUUUCUCGAUUGGCAAAAUAUUUAAGAUUAUACUACAAUCUACAUUAAUUAUUGACUAAAGUACUUAUAUUCCAUAAAAAUGUAUUGUUUAUUAUUUAAUUACUUAAUAUAAUUUAACGACAUUGUAUUAAGAUACAACUUAAAAGAAAAGUCAGCGUAGUGUACAAAUGUUUGAAAAUUAAUUAUAAUGCCUGUUUCGUGUGCUGCGUAUGGAUGCACAAACAGAUAUCAAGCUGGACAAAAUAUACAUUUCUUUCGAUUUCCUAUUUCUAACAAAGAGUUGGUGAAAAAAUGGAUAAGUGCAAUAAAAAGAAAAAGUUUUGAAGCAAGUCAAUGGAGUCGGAUAUGUAGUGUUCAUUUUACAGAACAAGACUAUCAAGUUAGACCUGGAGCACAUAGAUUAUUGUUAAAAGACCAUGCAGUUCCAUCAGUAUUCCCAUCAUUUCCGACCUACCUUCAAGUACCAAUUAAAAUUACUAGGAAAUCACCUACAUUAAGGAACUGUUUUGAUCUAACUGUAGAUCAAUUAGAAGACAAUAUUAAUGGAUGUAACAACAUGUAUCCAGUUAGUAAUUUUAAGAGCGUGAAUGUACAAACUGACACCUAUUAUCCAAAUGAAGAAAUUCUUAGAAAUAAAAUUGAAAUACUACAGCAAAAACUAAGAAGGAAAAACAAAAAAAUUAAAAACUUAAAAAACUUAUUAAAUAAUUUAAAAAACAGAGGACUUCUUGAAGAUGAACCACAGACUAUUAUUGCUUUUAAUUUUGAAGGAAAGAGUUGGGACUUAGAACUGAUUGCUUGUGCUGUCUUAUGCCUUUAUAGUAAUUAUUAAAAAUUCUGCUUUAUUAAUUUUAUAAUAGGAAGGUAUUAGAUUUAUUCAAAAACCAAUAUAAUUAAUAAUUAAACUAUUGGUAAAAGGUACAGUAAAGAAAUUAAAGAAUUUGCUUUGACGCUACAUUAUUACUCGCCUAGAGCUUAUAUCUUUUGCCGGUCAUAAAUAUAUAUUAUGUUUAAUUAUAAAAUAAUUGACAGUAAAUAUAAUUUGUUUUAAAACACAA